GUUUUUCCACCAUAACCCUAGAAGAGAAACUUCGGCUUCUCCUCCCACUUCCUUCUACCUCUCGCUCGACCCUUCGCUCUGCUGCCAACCCGCCAUUCCCUACCCCCAGACACCCUGCCGCCAUCAUCUUCCUCUCCCUCCAGACAACGACGCCGCGUCCGAGUACUCGAGCAGCAGCGAAGGAGACGGUGCAAUCAUCUUCCUCUCCAGCCGGUGCCCCGUCUUCCUCCUGCUAGCGACCCAUUCUACGUAGAAGCAACAGCCGAUGCCCCGUCUUCCUCCAACAGAGAAGCUACAGCCGCACAUCUUCCUCCGGCGACGCUCUCUCUCUGGCGUUGCUGUUCAACAAGGCACUGUUUUCGAUUCGGGUCCCAAUUACCCUCGCGCUGACGCCUCCCAUUGCCAGGGCUUUGGCCAGGAGAGGAAUGAUCAGGAACACUCUAACAGAAAUGGAAUGGCAAGUAAACGGCCCAUCACUUGGCGAUCAAUCAACAAGACAGCACGGAAGCAAAGAGUCGCGGGCCGGCGUGGUUGUGGCGGAAGAGGCUGGGUUUUUUUCCCUCGCCAUUCUCAGGUGAAGUGGACUUUUCCCCUCCAAGGAUUCUUCAUUAGCUAGUGGACUUGAUUUGCGCAAUGGACGUCGGGGCUAGAAGAAGCAAAAUUUGGGAGAAUUUCACUCAAGUUGAAUCAGAGGGGGAGGUCAAGCG